AUGCUUUCUCCACAGCGUUCUAAGGGCGCAAGAAAAGACUUCAUUAAAAUAGCACAAAUGCACAAUCCUUCAAUUCAGUGGAAUGAGUAAUUUAUAUCUAGGAGAUUAGGAAAGGCGCAUCUAGAAAUUAUCGCUUUUAAUUAUGAACCCACAAACGAGUUGUUUUCCAAAGGUGCAAAUGCCAGUCUUGCAUCAAAAUCAAUUGAAUCUACUGGAGCAGUCAUCAUUCCCAGUUCAUGCUGUGAUUUGGAUGGACUAAAAGCGCACCCUUAUGGUGCUAGUCAUCCUAAGUUACUAUAUUAA